AUGCAACUUCUUGCCGUUCUCGCUCCUCUCGCAAUCAGCGUCUUCUCCGCUCCAGCUUCAGCGGAAGUCCUUGCCCCACAGAUAGGCAUCAACUGUCGUGGCAGUGGUCUAUGCGGAAGCCAAACCGGUGGGACCCUCAGUCAAGUUCUCAACAUCGCGAGGAAUAUCGACGACAACAGGCAAUACAGCGACGGUCAACAUAUUGCUUGCGUUGAUCACCUCUGUGCGUUCUACCAGAACACGGGCAGAACCAAUUCCGCUGCUUUUGCCAAACAACUCUUGCAAGGGUUGCUUGACCAUGGAUGCACUGUUUGCGGAAGUAACCCAACUCUUCCUGGAAACAACGUUAACACUGGGCAGUUGACGGUCAACUAUGUCAGUGAUCCUAACUGUUCGGAUAUCUGCUGA